AUGUCUGGAUUGAGAUUGUAUUGUAUUUAGAUUCAUUGGAUAAGAGGAAAGGAGUGAAGGAUAGAAAGAAAACACACCCAUUAUUAAUAGAAGGUCAAAUCAACAUUAAUUUUCCAAUUCUCCAGGUGGGUUGUUGUUCUUCGUCUGCAGCUGUUUUGUUUUGGUGGAGAUUGGAUUGGAAGAAAAACAAAGGAGGAAAGCAGGAGAGAAAGAAACAAAGAAAGUAAAGGCUGAGAGGUGGUCAGAUGGAACCGUCGCUUUAUUACCGCUUUAUCAGAUUGGCAAAGAAGGGAAUCUGAUGGGUUAUUUGGGUUCUCGUUGACCGUCUUCCCUUCGUUGGAGGCCGUGUUUUGAUUUGUUAACAGCAGCAACAGCUGCAACGCUACCACCCCUUGACACUCUUCUCUCUGUUUCUCUCUCAUUCUUCAUUUCUUCUGUCGUCUUGUUUCAAGAGAUUGCUGCUGGGAGAGAAAGUGAGAAUUUGAUGCUAGAGGUAGUAUAUAGAGUGGGAGAGUGUCUGUGGAAGAAAGCGAAGGAUGGCAGAGAUGGUUGAGGGUGAGGGUGAAGGUGAAGGAAUUGGAGAAAUGGAGAAAGAUGUCGACUCUAAGCUUCGCAUUCAGAACAACAAUGUAGGCGUCCCGCGAUCUAAAAGUUUUGCUUUCAGAGCCCCUCAAGAGCAAUUUACCAUUAAAGACUUCGAAUUGGGCAAGAUCUAUGGCGUCGGUUCCUAUUCUAAGGUUGUGAGGGCAAAGAAGAAGGACACAGGAAAUAUAUAUGCUUUGAAGAUUAUGGACAAAAAAUUCAUAACAAAAGAAAAUAAAACUUCGUAUGUGAAAUUGGAGCGCAUUGUACUUGAUCAAUUGGAUCAUCCAGGCAUUGUCCGACUAUUUUUCACAUUCCAAGACUCCUUUUCUCUAUACAUGGCACUUGAAUCUUGUGAAGGUGGAGAACUUUUUGACCAAAUAACUAGGAAAGGUCGUCUGUCAGAAAAUGAAGCUCGCUUCUAUGCAGCAGAAGUUGUAGAUGCUCUUGAAUAUAUUCAUGGUGUAGGAUUGAUCCAUCGGGAUAUUAAGCCAGAGAACUUGCUGCUUACUACAGAAGGACACAUAAAAAUUGCUGAUUUUGGUAGCGUAAAGCCAAUGCAGGAUAGCAAAAUUACAGUCCUUCCAAAUGCAUCCUCAGAUGAUAAAGCUUGCACAUUUGUGGGAACAGCUGCAUAUGUUCCACCAGAAGUCCUUAAUUCUUCUCCUGCAACUUUUGGAAACGACCUUUGGGCACUUGGAUGUACCUUGUAUCAAAUGCUUUCAGGAACUUCUCCAUUCAAGGAUGCCAGUGAAUGGCUCAUAUUUCAAAGAAUCAUAGCCAGAGAUAUUAGAUUUCCAGAUUACUUCUCUGCUGAAGCUAAAGACCUUAUUGAUAAGCUUCUGGAUAUGAAUCCAAGCAAAAGACCAGGUGCUGGACCUGAUGGUUAUACUGCACUCAAGAUGCAUCCUUUUUUUGAGGGGAUUGACUGGAAAAAUUUAAGAGGGCAAACUCCUCCCAAACUUGCUUUGCAGUCCAGUGUGGCUGAGGCUAAUAAUGGCCAAGUAUCUAAAUGGAACCAUUCACAUGUUGGAGAUAAUGAUGGGAGUGAUAAUGCUACAUCAUCUUCUGAAGCAACAUCUCAUGUGACUAGGCUUGCUUCAAUUGACUCUUUUGAUUCAAGAUGGCAACAGUUUCUUGAUCCAGGCGAGUCUGUUAUAAUGAUAUCAAUGGUUAAGAAAAUACAGAAAUUAUCUAACAAGAAAGUUCAGCUUAUCCUUACUGAUAAACCCAAAUUGAUAUAUGUGGACCCAACAAAGUUGAUGCUAAAAGGGAACAUAAUAUGGUCUGACAACCCCAAUGAACUAAGCAUCCAAGUCUUGAGUUCUUCACAUUUCAAGAUUUGUACGCAGCCAAAGAAGGUAAUGUCAUUUGAGGAUCCAAAACAAAGGGCAUGGCAAUGGAAGAAAAUAAUUGAAGGCCUUCAAAACCGGUGAUUCCUGACUUGUAAUUUUCAAAAGAUAUUCUUUGGACAUUUUGACGAUAUAAAGAAAGAGCAUGAAGAUCCCAAGGGAUUGAAUGUUUCAGAGAAGUACUUAUUAGAAAGAAUUGAAUUGCAUUCUGGAGGUGCAGACGCUCAUUUUCCACCCACCAUCUUGUCCUCUGGAACUGGGUAUGGCUGGGCUGUCUCCCUUUCUUAACCUGGGCACGACCCUGCUUGUAUGGUGGUAUUUUGGCAAGCCUAACGCCUUGUGGAGGUCCCGUCCAUUUAAGUACUUGUUUAUUGUAGUAAAGAAAAAGACAGUAUCCAUAAAUGGAAAUUUCAUUCCCUCGAGCACUGUACAAAUUACAAUAUCUGAAUAUAUAUUAUCUGCAGAGAGGAGCUUUGGGAGGAAGCUCUUCCUGGAGCUCCACUUUUCAUUACAGUAA